AUGCGAAUUUAUGAAGCAGAUUUAGCUUUAAAAGGACAUAUUAUCCGAUCCAAAAAAACCAAACAAAGUGAAGCUGCUUUUGCUUUGGAGGGUGAGAGAAGAUGGAUUUUGACUGUAAAAUUUUUAAGAAUCAAUCCAUUUGAUGACUUAAACUGGUGGAAUAGGAUAUUUGUUAGACCUAUUAAAAAUGGUGACCCGGUUGGAGUUGAACAACUCAAAGUAUUAAUGAGAACAAUCUGUCUAAGACGUACAAAAGAUAUGAAGUUUGAUGGUAGACCUAUACUUGAGCUACCACCAAUUACUUCUUAUUUACAUAAAAUUCAAUUUACUCCAGAGGAAAAAAAAAAAUACGAGUUCAUGGAGUAUGUAUAG